AGCAAACCCGAGACACUGCUUCAACUUCUGAACAUGGAGGUCCUGUGAGGUCUCAGACGUGCACAAAGACUAUAUUGAAAAGAACAGAAACAUACUAGAGAACAAAUGCAAGAAGUUUUACACGUGUACCAAGGAGCUGUACAAAACUGAAACCCUUAGUCGUAUCUUGGAAGGCGGUGAUAUCCAGCUCCAUAAUAUCUGUGGUGUACUGAUUCAAGACAAGGACGACCAGCAUGCCACAGAGACUAACACAUGCUGGCCUCAGGCGAGAGAAUUUUUACAACAGGAGCUAGAAGAGGAGCUGAAGACCAAGAUGGAAAAAUAUUAUGAUGAUAAUGAUGAUGAGCCGACCUGGGAGGACCUUGCUGACUGCCUAAACAAUACGGCGGAUCUAGACAAGCUCUGCAGGUUACAAGUGGAGCAGCCUCUGUGCCACUCUGUUGAGAUAGAGUCAAAAACGGAGAAGCUUUUCAACACCAAGCUGAGGACACUGCACUGCUACUGCGAAGGUUUAUCUCCAGGUUUAUCUCGAGACCGGAGCGCGCUGAUUGGCUGGACCUGUGGUGGAGUGCUAGCGGUGAUGAUGCUCCUCGUCGUAAUCGCUGUCCUCCACAUCAGGAAACGCAAACGCAAGAGUCGUCUCCAGAGCGAGGCGCAGCGCUCGGCCAACGUGACGUCAUCAGCCGAUGACACCUUGUCUACCUACGAAAUCGUCGAUGAUCACUUUCAGGGACCGAACUCGUGGUCGGAGAGAAUAAAAUCGUGGCACAGUAGGGACCAGGCGACCUCCGGCUUACCUCCCCGCGACCUGUCCUACCAGCCUCCACACACCACCAGCUCCGGCGACCACCACAGCGAGGACUCAGCUCCAGAUAUCGUCUUUCUCUCACCUAGACAGGGGCUACCUGCACCGCACCUCUAGUACUUCCGGAGGUCAAGGGUCUUUACAGGAGCGUCUGUACGAACUAGCAGUACCUUUGACCACCUGUCUACCAGACGAAAGGAAAGCGAGCCCAGGAAGCAGUUCCGGAGGACAUGAAGGGCCGUUUCAGAAAGAAGAAUAUUCUAAAAUCGACCACACUUCGCUGACAAGGUUCAAAGAGCACGGCGAUUAUUCUAAGCUAAGCUUUAGACUCCUGUCAAACAACAUGGCCGCCGAGGAGAUUGGCGAUGAGCUGCAGCUUCCUGUGAGCAUGUCGACUGCUUUAGAGAAAAGAUGAAGAACAAAAGCAGUCGACUUCUUCUUUAUAUAAAGACUCUUUGAUCACCACAUUAUAGACGUAGGUUCGUCAAGAAGAUUUUCUUGCUGUCGGCAUUUGAGAAUGACUUGAUAUAAAAACCAAACUUUUUUGUUGUUUAGCAUAUUGUGCGUUGGUAUUCAACAACAGCAAAUUUAUUUGUGAUUGUAAAUCUUCAAAAUGAUAAAAAGUGUAGAACAAAGACAAUACUAGACCACUGUGGCGCUGCUAAGAAUGCCUCAAAAUUACUGAUUUGUGAAGAUUGCACUUUAUUCGUGUUAAGAUACGCGCCCCACUACACUAUAUCACCUUCUGUACUCCGCCAUCUUAUUUGUGUGAAGUUUCAUCCACAGAAGCAGCGUCGGAAUAAAUUUCUAGUCGCUAGUUCUUUACAUUCUGAAAAUAAACAAUCUCGGCUGCUUCAUUUUUCAGACAUCAGUUUAGUGAUCAGCCUGCUGCUGCUUAAAGCACUAAAAACAUUGGCUAGGAGUUCUGCAGUGACUUACCUCCCUUGUAACAGAUCCUCAGCACAUACAUAGUGUACAGAACUAUGCAGUGGCGUAGGAACCAGGGGGCAGCGGGGGCAGCCGCCCCCCCAAGGAAAAUACAGGGGGGGGGCCAGGAAUAUCCUUUUGCCCCCCCCCCCAUAUUUGAGACGUAAU